AUGGCGCCCAAUCGCUCCUUAACCUCAUUUUCGGUCCUUUCUUUCGACAUUUAUGGGACGUUAAUUGAUUGGGAGAAGGGAAUUAUCCAGGCCCUUCAACCACUUGUUGCCCGUCUCCCAGACUCACAUCCUCUAAAGUCAGACCAUGUUGCUCUUGGUUGUGCGUUAAAUAAACAUGAACGUAUCUUCCAAUUGGCGAACCCAAAACAGUCUUACGAUUUGAUCCUCAAAGCUUCGUAUGAAGCCCUCGCAAAAGAGUUACAAGUUCUCCCAACCGCCACGAAUACGGAAGACGCAUCUUCGCUUCUAGACAAAGAAGGCACAGCAUUUGGAGCUAGAAUUGGAACCUGGCCCGCAUUCCCGGACACCGUUGAUGCGAUGCGAAAAUUAAAGAAGCACUACAAGCUUGUGCCCUUAUCGAAUGUGGACCGCGCCUCUUUCCGGAACACGCUCCGCGGUCCGUUAAACGGACUUCAUGAAGGCUUAAAGGAGGCAGAACCCUUUUUUGAUGCCGUCUAUACCGCGCAGGACAUUGGCUCCUAUAAGCCGGACCACCGAAACUUUGAAUACCUGUUGUCGCGGUUGAAAUCAGAUUUUGGAGCGGAGAAGGAGAAUAUCUUGCAUGUUGCGCAAAGCUUGUUCCACGACCAUGAGCCGGCGAAAAAAUUUGGCAUGCACAGCGCAUGGAUUGCUAGAGGGGAAGGAGCAGAUGGAAUGGGUGGGAAUGUUGCGGAAUAUAUUGGAGCUGAGAAUCAGAAAGUUGCGUUUGGAUGGCGAUUCAAUACCCUAGGUGAGCUGGCAGAGGCCAUUGAAAAGGAAGAGGCAGAAAAGGGGGUUUAGGAACCAGCAAUCAAGAUCUUCUCAUUGAAGGUUGUAUGAAAUAAUUGUUGGCCCUUACGGCCGUUGCGGUUAGCGAUCCCACUAGAUCACAUGACCCACCACUAUAUUAUGUUCUUGUAGAUAGAUCUAUCAAUACAAUCUUAAACUAUUCUACAGA